AGCAAAAGUCGAUCCUUUCAUUUUUUCAAGCGCGCGGUGUGAUUCAGUGCGUGUGAAAGUGCUUUUUUCUGCGACCCAAAAGGGGUGGGAGUUUCGAACCCCCACAGCCAACAGCCGAAGAAGCAGAAGAAGAAGAUCGUCCGGAAGAGACCCCAGUCAUGAGGUUACCGGUAGUGAUUGUGUGCAGUGCGAUCGUUCUCGUGAAUGCGCAGACCAAGGACGAAAAAGAAUUCAAAUGCCCGGAAGGCUUUGGAAAUGGAAACUUUGCCGAUCCCGUCACAUGUCGACGGUUUUAUCAGUGCGUGGAUGGAUUUCCGUAUCUGAACCGCUGCCCCUCGGGACUCUACUUUGAUGAUUUGCAAAAGUUCUGCACGUUCAAGGCGGAAGCCAAAUGUGGACCCCUUACAAAUCUACCGGCUGCCACCACUGAGGCGCCAGUCGAUCUGGCCAAGAAGUGCAAUCCAAGCGAGUGUGAACUACCAUACUGCUUCUGCAACAAGGAUGGUACCCUCAUUCCAAAGGGUCUCAACGCGGAUGAGAUUCCUCAAAUCAUUCUACUAACGUUCGAUGGUGCUGUUAAUUUGAAUAACUAUGAUCACUACAGGAAGGUCUUCAAUGGAAAAAGACAAAACCCGAACGGCUGUGACAUCAAGGGAACGUUCUUCAUCUCACACGAAUACAGUAAUUAUCAGCAGAUCCAAACUCUAGCUAAUGAUGGUCACGAGAUUGCAGUGGAAACGAUUUCACUACAGAUGGGCUUGCAGGACAAGGGUUACGAGGAGUGGGUUGGUGAAAUGAUCGGAAUGCGUGCGAUACUGAAGCACUUCUCCAACGUGUCAAGUAACGAAAUCAAUGGAAUGCGAGCUCCGUUCCUCAAACCAGGGCGCAACACACAGUACAAGGUCAUCGAAGACUUCGGAUUUAUCUACGAUAGCUCAAUCAGUGUACCACCAAGUCCGAUUCCAGUUUGGCCAUAUACUCUGGACUACAAAAUACCUCACGAAUGCAAGAGCGGAACCUGUCCAACCAAAUCGUUCCCAGGUAUCUGGGAAGUUCCACUAAACGCCCACUUUGUCGAAAGCUACGAAGGUGGACACUGCCCAUACAUGGACCAGUGCGUUUUGCACAACCACGAUGCAGAAGAGGUGUUCGCGUGGCUACAGGAGGACUUCGAACGGUACUACUAUCAGAACAAAGCACCUUACAUGAUGCCAUUCCACACCAAUUGGUUCCAGAUUAAAGAACUGGAGCGUGGCCUGCAUAAAUUUCUUGACUGGACUCAAACUCUUCCAGACGUUUACUUUGUAACGGUAACACAGGCCUUGACAUGGAUCACCGAUCCGAAAACAUUAAACCAGCUGAACAACUAUGAACCGUGGAACUGUAAGAGCAAAGCAACUCAAACACCAAAACCUUGCAACAUCUCCAACAAGUGCGCACUGGCAUUCAAGGAGCCAACGUCGAACGUCAGCGACACUCGAUACAUGGAGACCUGUUUCGAGUGUCCGGCCGUCUACCCUUGGUUGGGUGACUCGCACGGUUCCGGAAUACCCGGACGAGACAACUACAUCGAUCAGAGUUCGGCCGGAGCGGGCGAUGCCAAAAGCCAACCGGAGGAGGAAACAAACUAAUGUUGUUCCUACAGUAAAGCCAGCGGGACAAAGAUUACGAAAUGCAUGACUGCUGUCUGGCGAGCCUUGAUCGAUGAAGGUCUUGUGAUGUGUUCUAGCGCACUACGUGUAGUAUUAGUGUUUCGAAAGUGAAUUACUGAAUUUUAAAGUAAGCAAUUUAAGCUAAAAUUGCAAAAGUGACAUGAAAAGGAUGUUUAUUAGCGGAAAAUCACAGCGCG